UAAGAAAACAAUCGGAUUACUUGUACAUAGAACUCUUUUAUAUAUUUUGUUCCUUAGCAACUAAGUAGGAUUGGUUUAUUUGUUUGUUCAAUAAACAAACAGCUUCGAUAUCAUUCAGACAGACAAACAGUUUUUAUUUAUAAAUAACUUACAAAAAUAAAAAACAAACAUUUUUGGCUUACGAAAUGUCCAAACCGACUUCUGAAGAUCCAGAAUUCAAUGUUUUCGAAUCAAAAGUCAAUGAAGUUAUGAAAAUUCUUAAAAAUAUGAACUCUGGUGAUUCUGCAGCAGAAGAAAUGGCAAUGAAAAAUGCUGAUUUAUAUCUUAACGGAAAAUCAGAUUGUUUUAAUGAAAUUGAUGAAGAUAAUUUUAUUGUGAAAGUUCGAGAAAAUCGAACUGUAAUCAACAAAAGUGGAUCUGAUGCUGAUAAUAAGGUUAUUCCUGAUGGGCAAAUGGAUAAAUUUACAUUCAUGCAACAAAUCGAACAAGAUGCAAAAAAAAGAAAUGAAGUUCGCCAAGAACGUGAGAAGAUAGCGCAACAUUUUCGAAAACUAGGAAAUGAUGCUUUUCACAAAAACGAAUUCGAAAAGGCCAUAAAUAUGUUCACAAAAGCCAUUGAUCAUGUCAAGGAUAGCCCGAUACUUUAUAACAACCGCGCUCUAAGUUAUAUGAAAUUAAAGGUACACAAAAGAGCAAUUAUUGAUUGCGAUUAUGUAAUCAAUAAAUUGGACGAUAAGAAUUUACGUGCUUGGUUAUAUAGAGCGGCAGCUUAUUACAAAUUAGGAGAUGAAAAGAAUUUUGAAACCAGCAUUAAAUGGGCAAAGAAAAAUAAUUCCAAAGAAUUGGAAACAAUUGAAAAAUUUGUUGCAAAUGUAAAGAAUGAACAAUUUUGAAAUAAAUUAAAAUAAAUUUAUGAAUAGGUA